AUGGACCGGGUUAAGGGAGUUUUAGCUGCUGAUGGUGCAGAUGGUGAAAAGUCAAUUAAUCUGGAUGAAGUUUUUGUAACCAAACCUUCUAGAUUGCAUUGUACAACAAAGUUUUCUGAUGGUGGAAAUGCUCCAGGAUCGAUGAAAUAUGCUAGUUUGGAAGCUGUCACAAAAUCUUUGGAAGAUGUAUUUGACCUACACAUUACUGCUCUGUUUGUUACACCCAGAACAGCUGGUGCUCAGGUAAAGCUUGAGGAAAGGGAGCUUCUCUUGUGGCCAGAUGAUGCAGAAAAGGAAGCUGCAGAAAAAGAUGAAGACAUUCUGCCAAAUCUACGUAAAGGGAGCCAUGCACAUAUCACUUUAGGCUGUGCUGAAGGUAUUUCAGCUGUUGUGACUGGCUUUGAUCUACUCCAUUUUAUAAGUCCGAAGAAGGGUGGUGGUAAAGGGGAAUACAUUGAAAAGAUUUCUAAAGGAGAGCUUCACUAUUUCAGUAAAGGUUUGUGGAUGCUUUAUCUUGAUGAAGAGAUCAAGGUGAAGACCAUGUUUGGAGGAUGCUAUCACAAAAAGGAACAAGAAAAAGUCCCAACAACAAAGAAAUAA